ACCUUUUUUUCUCGAUUACCACACUUCAAAUAUGACCUGUUGUAAAUCCUCAAGUACAGUCGCCGCUCCUCAUCCAUUGGACCCGCUGUCAACAGAAGAAGUCAUUCAGACUGCUGCCUUGGUUCGCCAGGACAAGGGUGAAGAAGACUUCAUCUUCAACACCAUCACUCUUCGUGAACCCUCCAAGGAGAUCAUGAUGGCCUACUUCGGUUGGGACAAGUCCAGCCCAAAGCCCGCCGCCGUUGAGAGAGAGGCCUUUGUCAUCAUCAUCGAGCGUCCGUCCGGUAACGUUGUUGAGGCCAUUGUCUCUCUGACCGAUAACAAGGUGAAGACCUGGUUGAAGCUGAAGGAUGUUCAGCCUACGCUUACCAUGGAUGAGAUGAACGAAGUAGAAGCCAUGAUCGUCAAGCAUCCUUUGGUUGCUGCCGAGUGUGCUGAAUUGGGCAUCACUGAUAUGUCCAUGGUGUAUUGCGAUCCCUGGGCUAUUGGCAAGCAUUUGUCCAUUGGAGGAGAACGUCGUAUUAUGCAAGCAUUCAUGUAUUACCGUCUCUCUGAAGAGGAUAACCAGUAUGCCCAUCCCCUCGAUUUCAUUCCCAUUGUUGACGUUGUGAAAAACGAAAUCAUUGAGAUUGAACGUAUUGCUCCCCGUGACUCCAAAUUUAAGCGCCCGACCAUUCCUAUGGAGCCACACAAUUUCUAUCCCGAGUUCGUCAGCGAUAAAUACCGUAAGGACGUCAAGCCUAUCAUUGUGCAACAACCCGAAGGUGUUUCUUUCAAGGUCGACGGAAAUGAAAUUGACUGGCAAAAGUGGAACCUUCGCAUCUCCUUCAACUACCGUGAAGGUCUUGUUCUCCACAACGUCAGCUACCAGGAUGGUGAUGAGAAGCGACCCUUGUUCUACCGUAUGUCUCUUUCUGAGAUGGUCGUUCCUUACGCUGAUCCCCACGCUCCUCAUUUCCGCAAGCACGCUUUCGAUGUGGGUGAAUACGGUCUUGGUUUGUGCACCAACUCUUUGGCUCUUGGUUGUGAUUGUCUCGGUACUAUCCAUUACUUUGAUGCUACCUUCAACGACCACAGCGGUAGACCUUUUGUUGUCCCCAACGCUGUAUGCCUUCACGAAGAAGACCACGGUCUCUUGUACAAGCACACUGAGUACCGCACUGGUCGUGCCCACACUGUCCGUGGCCGUCGUCUUGUCAUUUCCCAUAUUGUGACCGUUGCCAAUUACGAUUAUGCAUGCUACUGGCACUUGUACCAAGACGGUACCAUCAACUACGAAAUCAAGGCUACCGGUGAAGUCAACACACACGUUCUCGCUGAGGACGAGACUCCCGGUCCUUUUGGUAUCAUGGUUGCUCCCCAAAUCAACGCUCAGCACCAUCAACAUUUCUUCACCAUGCGUAUUGACCCCAUGAUUGACGGACCCAACAACACCAUUGCCCAAGUGGAUACCCAGCCCGUUGACGAGCCUGUUGGUCACCCAUUAAACUUAUACGGCAAUGGUUUCUACCCCAAGACCACCAUCUUGAAGGAUACCAUUGAAGGCCAAGCUAUGGCCAAUGUUGCCACUGCUCGUUUCUGGAAGAUCAUCAACGAGAACAAGAAGAACCCUUACUCCAAGGAUCCCGUUGGUUUCAAGAUUGUUUCUCACAGCAACACUCCCCUCAUGGCCAAGCCUGGAUCUGUGGUUGAGACUAGAGCUGGAUUUGCCUCCAAGACCUUGUGGGUCACUCCUUACCAGGAAGAUCAACUCUUUGCUGGUGGUUUUUACUGCAACCAGUCCAACGGUGAAGACAGUUUGCCACAGUGGACCAAGGAGAGAAAGCCAAUUGUUGACACGGAUGUUGUUAUGUGGUUCACUUUCGGUGUGACUCAUUUGGUCCGAGUAGAGGAUUUCCCUAUCAUGCCUGUCGAGAUCUGUGGAUUCACCAUGAAGCCAUACAACUUCUUCACCUGCAACCCCGCCAUUGAUGUUCCUCCCACCAACAAGAGCAUUAACAAGAGUGUACACGCUUUCGAAAAGAAGGAGGAAGAUGCUUGCUGUAACGAGAUCGUCACUGCUGCUGCUUAAGGAGAAGGCGCCGGGAGCCCUUUGCUUAAUACGCUUGUUUAAUAUUACCACCAAACCCAAGAUUCCGUUGACCCUAGGUCUUCAUUGUAAUUUUCUUGCAUUAUAGUACAAGUUUUUAUAAAAACCAGAC